AUGCCAGCUACAACUUCAGUCAAGCAACUUACUCCGUUGGACCAGUCCAUGCCGAGGACCUACAUCAGCGCAGUAUUCGUUUUCAAGGAGACAUCGCCGACGCCACAUAUCACCCAAAGGCUUCAACAUGGGCUGAAAAGACUUUCCAAACAAAUUCCUUGGUUAGCAGGAAAAGUCUUCCAGGGCCCAUCAACGAAGCACUCGCCUCUACUUGAGGUCCGAUGGAAUAGUGAAGCCGAGCUGCCGAAUCUCAUUGGCAAAGGCGCCAUAUCGACAUCAAUUGAAGAUGCGUCCUCCCGCGGAAUGCCGGCAGAAGCCAUCCCAGCUGAUGUCUGGCCUGUUCCAAGUAUGCUCGACGAUACAUCUUUCAAAACCGGUAUCCCUGUUUUCGCCGCGAAUACCUUUCGCUUCGCUGAUGGAGGAAUGGGACUAUGUAUCUCCAUAAGCCACAAUGUCGUCGAUGCGACGGAAUUAGCACAAAUUGUGCGGCUGUGGGCUCGAAAUGCCAAUGAUCCAGAGUCCAGCUUCUCUCCCUCAUCCCAGACAAGAUCCGAACGGCUUUCGGAGGCACUAUCGCACGAGUUCCAGGAGACAUUCUCUCUUUCUACCAAUGAGCUAUUCAAACGCCAUCCGGAAUACUCUUCAUCACCACCUGCUUUCCCUGAAGAAUGGCCUUCUUGUACCUCAAAACUCUUCACCAUCUCGAUGCACUGGAUCAAUAUCUUGAAAGGUCUCUUAGAAAAUUAUACCAUCAACCCACCGACUACAAAUACCAUUAUCGACAUUGUGGCUGGGCUGUUAGAAAUGAAGAAUGUGUGGACUUAA